CGCUGGAACGGGUGGGGGGAUGACAGGAAAUCUUGACUGGAUGAAAUGGAGUAGGACCACUGGAAGCUCAGACGAAGGGGGAGACAUAUUUCUAUUUUAUAACGUUGUCCGGAUAAUGUUGGGAUUUUAUCCCCACACUUAUAGAGCUUUGUCUACACAGCGGAACACGUCUUGAGGAAACAUUCCAGGUGAGUUUUUGGUUAAAGUGUCGCUGUCGCCGCUCAUCUCCUGGCAACGGCACACGCGGGUCCUCCUCCCGGGGAUAUCUCACUCUGGUAUCCGUUCUUCUCCUACCUCUGUCCCUGAAGACUGGCCUCAAACCCAUCGUGCCCAGUCUGGCAAGCGGCGAAUUCUUUUCUUAAACAAUGGUGUGCUAUUUGUGGCUUAUGGUGUUGUGAGGUGGAUUUGGACCAGUGUGCAGCUCUGUAUCUGUGCCUGGGAGGAGUUGGAGAGUAGACGCCACGGUCCUGGGGACCCAAGGGCCGGUGCUCCAUAUGAGGCCCUGCUGAGAGGGCAGGGGGCCUUCUGAGUGUGCCCGAGGGCUGUGAAAGCCCCUUGGGGAAACUUCCACCGCACGCACAAUUUCUCCUGUUUCCUUCUCUCUCUCACGCACGAGUAUACACACGUGCACACACACACACAACGCGCUCCGAGCCAGAGAGAGAAUGUUGGAGGUCCAAGAGGAGAGGGCGGCGGCGGCAGGACCAGCAGCGACACAUUUCAACAAGAAGGAAAGAGGGAAGAAGGAGAGGGAGGACGCCAAAGACGGACGAGGGAACCUGGGGAAUAUUGGGAACGCCGUUCCCGGCUCGGGGUCCAGGAACGUGCGAGCCAAAGCUCCGCUCGCGCACACGGGCAGCUCUCACCAGCUCAUCACCCCGCCCUGCUCUGUGGUCCUGGGAGCUCCCUCAAUGCACGCCAACAGACUGAAGAACUCCCCCUCCGCCAACACACAGAGUCCUAAGCCCAAGACGGACGUCAUGGUACGCUCGCCACCCGUCAUGUCUCCCUCCCAACUGGACUCCAAACUGCCCAAUCAGGGAAAGCCGGGGAGCACCGGCAGCCAAUCCCAGGCCUCUCCCUGUGACUCCAAAACCCUUGUCAACAAGGGGGGCAACCUGGCCUUGAAGAAUGGCCAGGGCCUGGCCUCCGGCCAGGGGUUGAAGGUCAAGGUGAAGAGAGAAAGGAGCACGUCGGUGGAGUCCUACGAGCAACCUGAGACUGGUGCCCCGACUGCAGACGACAAAGACAGCAGCAGGGUGAAGAGGAUGUGUGUGGCUGAGAGGAGGCAGCCCUACAGCGGUGCAGACUGGUGCUCUGGUGGAGAGAGUGAUGAGGAUGACAAAGGAUUCUUCAACUGUAACUCCAGUGAUGUGAAGCCCCAGGACUCCAUGUCCCACAAUACCUCCAACGCCGGGCUGAGCCGUUCUUCUACACCUUCCCACAAUGCACUGGGAGGUGUGGGCCCCACCUCAGACCCAGUCGGCGGACCGAAGGGCGGGUCUAAAGUUGUCUACGUUUUUACCACAGAGAUGGCAAACAAGGCAGCUGAUGCAGUUCUUACUGGCCACACAGAAAAUAUCAUCACCUUCCACAUGAAGAACAUCUCCAACAGCAAAGACAAGGCACAUCUCCUCCUGAACAACCAGCCAGGAGGACCCCUGCGUAACGACUCCAAGCCCCCACAGCAGCCCUCAUCUCACCCCCAGGACCAGAACCACCAAUCUGGGUCCAAACCAUCUUUACCUGGCCUGUCUGAGCCACCUCCAUCCCAGCCUUCCACCCAGGGGGGCCCACCCGGUGGCCUUGCCCAGGAUGGGGCCUCCUCAGCGGGCUUGGACCCCAAGAGCCUUCCUGGCAGCAGCCCCAGCAACCAUUCAGCUCCAAAUGAGCAACCUCCAGUCAACCAGUCCGAGCCAGGCCACAACCAGCCCCAGGGAGGGGAGGUAGGCCAGAUGGGGGGGCCUGGUGUGGCAGGUCUGACCCCCCAGCAGCAGCAGCAGCAGCAGCUGGCUCAAGAGCUUCUGAACAUGGAGGCCAACACGGAGGGUCUGUCCCAGGAGCAGUUGGAGCACCGCCAGCGCUCCCUCCAAACCCUAAGAGACAUCCAGCGUAUGCUCUUCCCUGAUGACCGAGAUGCCCCUCCACCCGGGCCCCCACAGCCCCACGGUGGACCCCACGAGGGCAUGUCUGAGGGUGGGCAGCGCAGGCCGGAGCAGGGCCCUCUCCAGGCCAUGAUGGCACAGUCCCAGAGCCUGGGACCGCCAAGUGGGGGUGGGGGGCCUCGAUCCCAAGGACCACCCUUUGGGCCCCCACACGGGCCAAGAGACAUGCCCCCCUUCCCCCAGGAUGAAAUGGGCCCCCACAUGGGCGGUCCAGGGGGAUGCGUGGAUGGCGACCAGAUGACCCCAGAGCAGGCCCAGGUGGCGUGGCUGAAGCUGCAACAGGAAUUCUACGAGGAGAAGAAGAGAAAACAAGAAAUGCAGCACCGGCCACUUCCUCCAGACAUGAUGAUGCACCCCCAUGGGCCACGUGGCAUGAUGCGUGGGCCACCCCCACCCUACCAGAUGGGCCCUGGGGAGAUGUGGGGGGGUCCUGGGGGCGGGCCCCCAGAGCAUUACCAGGAGCGUAUGGGGAUGGGCCCCGGUCCUAGGGGCAUGCCCUCCCACAUGCAGAGAAUGCCAGGCUUUCCUCAGGGUAUGAUGAACCCAGAGAUGGAGGGUCCCCCCAGGCCAGGCAUGGGCUGGCCGGAUGAUAUGCCCCCUAGGAUGGGUGAUGGCAGGGGCUUCCCUGGAGGGCCAGGAGGGAUGUUCGGUGGCCCUGGGGGGCGAGGGGAGCGCUUCCCCAAUCCCCAGUCCGUCCAGGAAGCGAUGUUCCACCAAGGCAUGGCUGCAGAGAAGGGACUACCUCCUGGAAUGAUGAUGGACAUGCAAAGAAUGAUGGGGCACCAAAGAGGUAGCAUGGAGCCUGGCAACGGGAUGGGUAUGUUUCCUAGAAUGCCUGGCGAAGGUCCUAUGAGCCCCUCCUCCCGCUUGGGGCCCAUGGGUGGCAGAGACAUGGGGCCUGAGUUUGGCAUGGGCCCUGGACCUGGACCCCACAUGCACCCCUCUAAGCUCCGCGAGUCAGCCAUGAACAUGAGCCCAGAGGAGAUCAUGAGGAUGAGAGCAGGUGGAGGGCCUCCCAUGGAGAACAUGGGGCCCCAGGGCCGGCCCAUGCAGGGACCCCACUUCUCCGAGCAGGCCCAGCCAGGUGACUUCCCCCUGGGGCCUGGUCGGCCCUUUCCCGGAGGUCCUGUUGGAGGUAUGAGAGGCAUGCAUGGAGAGCAGGCCUUUGGUCUCGAGCACCGUCCCACCCCAACCGGGGGUAACGGCCGCCACAACCACUUGCCCCCAGCCUCUGGGCCUCCACAGGGCCAGAGAGGCCGCAAACCUGCUGACCUCAAUGUCCAGGCAGGGGGUGGCAAUUCCCCCAGUGUCAACCCCCUCAAGUCUCCACCUCUGAGGCAGGUCCAGUCCCCCAUGAUGGGUUCCCCCUCUGGGAACCUCAAGUCCCCCCAGACCCCCUCCCAACUGGCUGGCAUGCUCUCCGGCCCCCCAGGUCCUAACGCCCCUCCGGCUCCGGCCAACUCCGCUCCCAUGAAGUCCCCUCACUCAAUGAUGGGGUCUGCAGGGGCCUCCCCAGUCCACAUGAGGUCUCCCUCUCUUCCCAACCCCUCCCCAGGGUGGGCCUCCUCCCCUAAACCCCCCAUGCAAAGUCCAGGAGUGCCCCCACAGCCUGGGAAACCCCCCCUCAGCAUGACCUCCCCAAACAUGAUGGGCAACAUGGACCAAGGGGGAAAUGGCCCCCCGGCCCCACCCUCGUCAGGGGCCCCCUCUGGCCCCAUGUCCCUCCCCGGCAGCGUCCCGUCCGGCAGUCCAUACACCAUCCCCCCCGAGCCCACGCUUUCUCAGAAUCCGCUCUCUAUCAUGAUGUCACGCAUGUCCAAGUUUGCCAUGCCAAGCUCCACCCCCUUGUACCACGAUGCCAUCAAGACGGUGGCCAGCUCCGAUGACGACUCACCUCCCGCUCGCUCUCCUAACCUCCCCUCCAUGAACAACAACGGUAUGGUAAUGAACCAUCACCAAGGUGGCCCUCGCAUGAUGGGCCCCGGUUCUUCUGGACCCAUGGCGGCCCUCAGCCCACUGGGCAUGACCCCCAUGGGCUCCCAGCCCCUCUCCCAUGGCAUGCCCCCCCAGAUGCCCUCCCCAAAUGCCCCCAACAUGGGCCCUGGCAUGAUGCCCCAUGGCAUGAUGAUGCCUCCCAACCCCCAGGACCCGGGCAUGAACAACCCCCAGAUGAUGCCCCAGGGAAGAAUGGGCUACCCCCCUCACCGAGGGCAGGGCUACCCCCUUACCCAGUCCCCUUCCCAGCAAGGCCCAUUCUCACCCCACAAUGGCCCUGGACCACAGGGCUUUCCUGGUCACCCCAUGGGCUUUCAGGGGGAGGGCGGCCCUAUGGGGAGCCGAAUGGGAAACAUGGCUCAUGGCGGGGGGGUAGAUGGGGGAAUGUGCAAGCCCAACACCCCUGGUGGGCCCGAGUUCAACAACAUGCAGGGAGGAUUCAGCGAUGCGGAUCUCCAUGAAGUGAUGCGCCCCGGGGCGUCGGGCAUCCCUGAGUUCGAUCUGUCCAGGAUCAUCCCGUCUGAGAAGCCCAGUCAGACACUCUCCUACUUCCCCCGUGGGGGAGGGGGAGACAACCCAGGUGGCAAGCCCCCACAUCCCUCUGGCUUCCCCAUGCAAGGCAUGAUGGGUGAUGGCCCCCCAAGGAUGGGUAUACCCAUGCAGGGGAUGGGGGGCAUGCAAGGCGGGCCAGGUGGGGGCAUGGGCCCCCAAGAUAUGCCCAUGGGUAACCCUGGCCACAACAACAUGAGGCCCCCAGGGUUCAUGGGCCAGGGCAUGAUGGGCCCCCAGCACCGGAUGAUGGGGCCUGGGGGUAUGAUGCAGGGCAGACAGAUGCCCCACCCCGGCCCGGGGGGGUCCCCUAACAUGAUGAUGUCACUGCAAGGCAUGGGUGGCCCCCCCCAGCAGACAAUGAUGAUGGGGGGCCAGAUGAGGCCGCGAGGCAUGGACAUGGACAUGGGCUUCAGUCCCGGGCCUGGAAUGUUCUAACCCUGCCUCUACCUUGUAUCUAGAAUGUUCCACCACCGGUACACAUGAUAAGAAAAGUUUUGUUGAUAUCGAAGUGGUGGUCGGUAAAUGGACUCAAAAUACAGGAAGUACAAAUGUCCAGAUGUUUAUCUUUAUGUGCGAGUAGAGGAGAGCUGUGGGGUGGAACCUGUCCUAUUGGAGACCAGGACUGACCCUGAGUGGAGGACGCUCGCCCAAAAGAACAUUUCACUUUGACUUCAUGAACAGAAUGUAUGGGAUUGUUGUUCAUCAAUUUCGCAAAAAGAAAACCGUUCUUAUUUUUUUUUUGAUUAUCUGACGAGGAUAGAGGAGGACUCAAAGAAUCAAAGAAGAACACGUGUUUGCGGAGGAGAUGCAAACAGUAGACGUUGACUUUUUUCCAAAUCAUAAAAAAAAAAAUCUUCCGAUUUGUCCUGAAAAUGGAACACCAGUAUGGAAUAAAAAAGACAAAAAAAUGUGCUUUGUGAAGACUUCAGUGGAACUCCAUCUUGUCUUUUGGCUCCAUCGUUUUUGACUGUUUCUGUACAGUACAUACCUGUGUGUGUGUGUGUGUGUGUGUGUGGGUGUGUGUGUGUGAGAGUAAGAGACAAUGUGGGUGUGUGUUUGGUAUGUACGUCUGUAUGUAUAGGCAUUCUAUCAGUGACCUCUUAGCUCCUCUUACCCACCUUUCAUUGGCGGGGGCGCCCCCUAAAAUACUGUACUGUUUACUGUUGGUGGGCUACUCAAAUUUUAGUCUAUUUUAAUUUCCUUUGUAACUCCAGUGUAUAACAAACCAAACUAUGACCUCAUAAAGAUGAUAGUAUUAUUAAAAAAGCACAAACAUGGAUCAUCUGCAGAAAGUGUCUUCUUUCUCCAUUGUAAACGUUAGAGAACAUCUCUGGCGUGAGUCUCCCCAGAGUCUCUCAGCACCAUGGUAGUUAAAGGAGAAGGGCAGCACGUCAUAGUGUUGCAAGUUCUUGGUGACCUGCCCCAUGACGAUGUUGAUACUGCUGUUCUACUCAGAUAUGUGCUAUCUGUGUGUUCUGCUUCCUUUUUAUUUGAUUUUUUUCCUCCUCCCCCCGUUCCCUCCCUCUCUCCACUUGUUGACUCUGGUAAUGACCAUUCCCAUAGCAAUAAUGCCCAAACAAACAGGUGGACAGACAGACUGGGUGUGCUGGCUGGGUGCUGUGGUGAAGUGUACCUGCCAGGUGUCAGAGGUGUGCUAGUCUGGCUUGGUGUAACCAUGGUAACAAGGCAGGUGUCCAUGAUGAGGACUUUCUUUUGAAAUGUGAACACUUGCUUCCUGCUUACCAUCCGGACAACUUCCGGUCCCUCUUGUUGUGUACGCUUGUCAUGUUUCUCCAUCAGCUCUGCUGCAUAAUAGCCUUCCAGGGGCUUUGGCGGUGGACUACAAAUAAAAGAUAUU